AUGGAAGGUGAGAAUAAUCUAAUAGAUGACCAAAUCAAGGAGCUUAGAGGAUACAACAAAGUUCUUUCAACCAACGGAAAACGGAUGUUUGGUAUUUCAGAUGCAAUUAACAAAGAAAUUGACAAAAUCCAGUUCCUAUCAAACCAAAUCGAAAAAGCUAAAAUGAGGAAGAAACCCAAGAAGAUUGAGGAAGAAGAGGAGCCAGUGAUUAGUCACACCAACCUCGCUUACACUUUAUUCCAGCCAAAGUCCUCCAGACAGAUAGUCCAGGAUAUUAGCCGAAGAGUUCUGGAGAAAUGUAACUUUACUUCAAAAUAAGAAGAUGAUAGAGAGCUUGUCCAAGGGGAAAAAUGACGGAAAGCUGCCCAAAAUUAAGAAAGACCAGAAGAAAACCGGUAAUAAUAAGGAAGAGAGCAAAAAGAAGAAGGCUAAAGAGAAGAGGAAGAAGGUCAUCCAACCUCCAAAAGUGCAACUUACUGAGAAAUUAUCUAAGAAUUCUAUCUUUGGAGCAGUCUCUAGGACAACUAGGUCGAAGAUUCUUGAUCCUGAGAAGGUGGCACCUCCCAUUGGACACUAUAAACCGAAUUAUGGCCUUGUCCAUUCAAAGACUAAGGCGGAUCUUAAGUUCAAGCCACUGAAGGUGAGCCAAUCGAUUCCUCAGAAGUUGGAUAAGGAAAGUGAGGGUGAAUUUCACCAAAUCAGGGAAAUGCUCAAGGAAACGAUAGAUUUUACUCCAAACUCCUCUCAAGAAAAUAUUGGUAGAAAUAUUCAUGAGAGACAUAACAACCAGAAGGAGAUCAGAUCUCUAUCUCCUAGAUGGGAUACCAACAAGUCUAUGGUGAACUUCAGUAAGCAGACCAAUAGAAUGGAUAUCACCUCCACAUGUCUUUCUCCUCAUGAGGCGAGGUUCGAGCUCCCUAAACUACCUGAUAUUAAAAAUGACAGUAAGAGAAGAAAAAUUACUUGUGAUAUCAAGAUUGAUAGAUAUUCCCCUCGAAAAGCCCUGUUCGAUACCUCAAGAUCAUCAUUUGACCUGUCCAUUGAUCCAAACAAGGAUUAUAUACUAAAGUCAUCUCCAAGAGGAAUUCCCUUCUCAAAGCAUUCUAACAAAGGAAUGAAACUGAGCAAUUUUGCCAGAAUCAAACCACUAAAGCCUAUCAUUGACAAUAACAACUUGCAUGUGAUCAAGGAUCAGGACUCAGAGAUGAUAGAGGAGCUCCUGAAAAGUAUGAAACAGAAAUAAUUCAACAGUUAAAUUCAACUUGGA